AUGUCUAUCUGUCUCUAUCAGUGUAUUCAAAUCUAUCUAUCUAUCUAUCUAUCUAUCUAUCUAUCUAUCUUCUGUUCAUAUAUCUAUCUCAGUCUGUUCCUAUCUAUCUAUCUAUCUAUCUAUCUAUCUAUCUAUCUUAUCUGUUAUCUAUCUAUCUAUCUAUCUAUCUAUCUAUCUAUCUAUCUAUCUAUCUAUCUAUCUAGUUGCAAAAAUCGUCGCGUUAGAAAUGCCCGCUCCACUGCGUCUGCCAGAGCCUUAGAAAGCCCUGCACAGACCACUAUUCGUCGCGUUAGAAAUGCCCGCUCCACUGCAUCUGCUAGAGCCCUAGAAAGCCCUGCACAAACCACUGUUCGUCGCGUUAGAAAUGCCCGCUCUACUGCGUCUGCCAGGGCUGCAGAAAACUCUGAAGUACGCCAUCAACGGCUCGAAAACAUUAGUGAGAGGGGAUGGAUGCCUACUUUCAAAGUGCAAGACCAGGUUUACCACUUAAUAGGACCACUUUUGGCUGAUCAGGGAGAACCACCUCAGUUCCUACAAAUUUACUUUCUCGCUGACUACAACGAGCAGGUUGAUGCGUGUCUCGGCAUUCUGCCUAGCGAUAUUUCCGUCGGUCCCCAUAGAGACAUUCUGUUCCUCAUCCACGGUAAGGAGCAUAACAGCCGUGACAUUGUCAUAAGGUACCGGGGCGGUGGUCUGCGCCGCAUCAGUGAAACCCACCGUUCAUACGACUGUCUCCAGUACCCCCUUCUUUUUCCAUACGGAAGCGAUGUGUACCACUUCAAAAUCUCAAUAUACCAGGCAAGCAGCGAUUCCAUGUCGACCGCAAAGACGGUCUCCUGUAGGGCUUACUACGCCUACAUGUUUAUGGUUAGGGAGGGUGAAUUUAACCACUUGCACAGGUGCCGUCAACUAUUUCUUAAAUUCGCUGUUGACAUGGCUGAAAAAAUGGAGUCGGUGAGGUUAGGAUUCAUUAAGUUAAACCAAUCCAAACUUAGAACCGACUCCUACAUUCACCUUCGUGAUGGUCUGCGUUCUGAUGGUGACCCACGCAAUCUUGGCAAACCGUGCAUUCUGCCUUCCUCUUACACUGGUGGCCCUCAAUACAUGCAUGAAAUGACACAAGACGCAAUGACCUAUGUCAUUACGGGAGGCCUGAUUUGUUUGUCACGUUCUCGUGCAAUCCGAAAUGGGUUGAAAUCACACGCAAACUUUUUCCAGGUCAGCAGUACUCACAUCGCUCUGACCUAA